GUGUGACUCUAUAUAUUUACAGCCGCGGCUGCCUUGGCAGAAAGGACUCCUGAACAGGGGGACACGGUCAUUAAAGGUGGCAGGUAAAGCGCAAGGACCGUAAUACGCUUAUAAACAUUGGUGGUAGCACUAAAUUUAAGGAUUGAACAUAGUAGUCCCUGGGCACCGGCUACUGUCACUUGCCAGCUUUUCUGACCGACCUUGUCCUAGACAGGAGCUAAGUGCCCGGAGCGGGAUCGUAAACCUGCAGGGAUCUAACUGCACUCUCAAGUAUCAGAACUUAGCAACCUAUGCUUUGGGACUGAUUAUCCAAACUCAGCCUUAUGGCUGGACUCUACCUGUAAGUAUCCAGAACACAGAAUCUUGUCACACCUGUGACCAAACACGGUCCUAUAGCCACUCCACUACACCUGGAGGGAUAAAGCAGCGGCGAUUUGCACACCUAGCUGUAGGACAGCACACGAAACCAUCGUAAGUCAUGGCAUACCAACCGGUACUUACAGCAUUCGGACCUCUGCAGGACCAGAACCCACCACCUCAAAGUCGCGUGAAUGAAAAACAGGAGAACAACCCCGACAGAGUCACCAGCAGCAAGAUGCCAGGGAGUGUUGUCACAGCUCUUCGUGUUGUGGGCACCACCUUGUUUGCUCUUGUGGUGUUAGGAAGCAUCUUGGCAGCAUAUGUUACUGGUUACCAGUUCAUUCACACUGAAAAACACUACCUCUCAUUUGGGCUUUAUGGUGCCAUACUGGGACUGCAUCUGCUCAUCCAGACCCUUUUUGCCUUCCUUGAACACCGACAGAUGCGAAAAAAUGGUGCUGCUGUAAAGAUGAACAAAUCUGUUGCCCUGUGCAUUGCUGCCUACCAGGAAGACCCUGAUUACCUAAAAAAAUGUCUGCACUCUGUAAAACGAAUCUCCUACCCUGAUCUGACUGUUGUGAUGGUUAUUGAUGGGAACAGCCAGGAAGACAUGUACAUGCUGGAAAUAUUUAAUGAAGUCAUGGGUUCAGAGCACACAGGCUCUUAUAUUUGGAAAAACAAUUACCAUGCAGUGCUGGAAGGUGAGACUGAACGAUCACAGAAAGAGAGUGAGCAAUGUGUCCGCAAUGUCAUUACCAGCAAUAGGUUUUCUUGCAUCAUGCAGAAAUGGGGUGGGAAGCGAGAGGUGAUGUACACAGCCUUCAAGUCUCUGGCAAAUACCGUGGACUUUAUACAGGUAUGUGACUCAGACACUGUCCUGGAUCCAGGUUGUACUCUAGAGAUGCUCAGAAUUCUGCAGGAAGACCCAAAGGUUGGAGCUGUCGGAGGAGAUGUGCAGAUCCUGAAUAAGUACGACUCGUGGCUGUCCUUCCUUAGCAGUGUUCGUUACUGGAUGGCCUUCAAUGUUGAACGAGCUUGCCAGUCCUACUUUGGCUGUGUCCAGUGCAUCAGUGGACCCCUAGGGAUGUAUCGCAACUGCCUUCUGCAGCAAUUCCUGGAAGACUGGUACAAUCAAACAUUCCUGGGUAGUAAGUGCAGCUUUGGUGAUGACCGCCACCUCACCAACCGUGUUCUAAGCCUGGGCUACCGGACCAAAUACACCGCCCGAUCAAAGUGCAUGACAGAGACACCAACCAGGUACUGCCGGUGGCUGAAUCAGCAGACACGCUGGAGCAAGUCAUAUUUCCGGGAAUGGCUGUAUAACGCUUUAUGGUUCCACAAGCACCACCUCUGGAUGACGUACGAGUCAGUAGUAACUGGCUUUUUUCCCUUUUUCUUGAUAGCUACAGUCAUCCAACUGUUUUACAGAGGAAGGAUCUGGAACAUCUUGCUCUUCCUGCUUACAGUGCAGCUUGUUGGGAUGCUGAAAGCCACAUAUGCCUGCUUCCUGCGUGGGAAUGUCAUCAUGAUUUUCAUGUCAUUGUACUCUCUCCUCUACAUGUCCAGUCUUUUGCCUGCAAAAGUAUUUGCCCUUGUCACCAUCAACAAGGGUGGUUGGGGAACAUCUGGACGUAAAAAAAUUGUAGUAAACCUAAUUGGCCUUAUCCCAGUCUCAAUCUGGUUUGCCAUUCUACUAGGUGGUAUGGUUUACACCAUAUACUGGCAGACCCAGGACCCCUUCACAGAGACUGAGACGGCAUUCCUUGUCGCUGGUGCUAUUCUGUAUGGCUGUUACUGGGCUGUACUCAUCGCAUUGUACUUUGCAAUAAUUGCUAGACACUGUGGAAAAAGACAGGAGCAGUACAGUCUGCCCUAUGCUGAGGCAUGACUGACAGUCUGACUAAAGUGACACUGUAGUUCAUAAGGAUAAAGUUGUCGGAGCUACUAUAAAUAUCACCAGCUUAGAAAUGUGGUCAGGAAAUAGAAGCAACUGUGACCUGAGAAGGACAACUGACUUUUCUUUCAUUCCUGGGAAACAAAUUAUGAAUGCAAAGUUUGUAUAUACUGUGAGGAGCUGAUGGGACUCUGCUCCCAGGAGCACUGUUAUUUGCAUGUUAGAGUGGCAAUGAUAAGUUAGUAUUUAAAGAGCCAAACAUAAGUGGUUGAAUGUUGUGAAAGAUUACUGCAUAGGAAUCCACACACAAAUAUAUAGAGACAUUAUGGGAGGCUUGACUCGGACACAAUUUUUAUUAACAUUUGGGGAUAAUUUUGAUUGACUCAGCUAUGCUUUGAGGUACAGCUGCAGCACUGUAGUGACCAUUGUCACCCAUUUCUCCAACAAUGGAACGCACUAAAUAUAUACCUGUUUUACAGUUUUUACUAGGAAAGGAUCUAAUGGGCAUUUGUGAAGUUUAAUGUUCCACAUACUGUGUUCUGUACAUACUCUGACAUUUUGUUUUUGUUUGGUAGUGUCACCUUAUCUAUUAAGUUAAACAUUUAAUAUAUCUGUGGCCCAUGUGUAGCAUGACCUCAGGUCACUACAGUGCUUUUUUGAUGGGGAGGGGAGUUGACAGAGCACUGGACCACAGUCUUCAUUCCAUGCAUAAAAUGUUGGGCUAGUGCUCAGUAUGGAGAACAUGCUUGGGGGAUGCAAGAGGGGUACUAUCACAUAAACAUUUAGGAAUCUUCCAGAACAUCUCAACACAAGUCAUCACUGCAUGCCCCACAUCUAUUUAAAGGGGAUCCUGAAAUGAAAGACACCUUUCUGAGAAGAUUACCACCCCCACCCCAGAUCUAGUUUCUAUUAUACCAGUUCCCUAUUCAUCCCUAGCGACAUCAAGCAAUCAAGUAAUUCAGCAUAUGUUCUGAGCAAUUAGGAGGUAAGUCUGGGCUUCAUGGGCAGAAGACUUUGCAGGACAGUCCCCAUUAAAAAUAACAGAAAAAAAAACUGACAUCACAGAAAGCCUUCUGAAAAAAAAUAUGCAUUUCUUACUCUGCUGUUAUCUGAUAAAAUGUGACUGUUUUUUUAAAGAUUGUCAAACCAUGCUGAAGUAUUAAACUGGAAAAAGUUUUAUUUUUAAAAAGCAACAUCUGACUUUUUCAGUUUCAAGCCACUCUACUAUAGAACAAAAGCUUCCAUUAGUGCAUUUUAUAAGAUUUAUGCUCAGUGGAACUGGCAUGCUCUGAGCAUUUAAUCAGGUUUUGGAGGUGGUGUAGCAUUUUUAUUCCACUACAGAAUGCUUUUUUUUUUUUUUUUUUUUUUUUGGCUGGGAGCAGUACUGCCCUCCCUUAGUCUACAGCGUUCUGAAAGGGUUUGUAUACAUGAGACCAGUAAGCAUCUAGACCAGUCAUUAUGGCAUUAGGACAUGUUAGCCAAAAGCUAUUUUUCAAAAUCUGAUGCUAUUAUUAUACUGCUUGACCAACAAAGGGCCCCUGGGGGAUGUCUGUAGCUGCCCGGACCCUGCUAUUGUCUAUCCCCACCAGUAAUCCUCACUAAGCCUCAUACUCAUCAACAGGGUUCUUGACAUACCUCAUAUCUGACUUAUAAAAUGGUCUCCAUUUUAUUCCAUACCUCACACUAAGGAAUGAAGCACAUACUUGGAGAACGACAGAAGUUGAUAAUAUCAAAAAUAAGGCAGAAGAUAACACUGUCAUAUGCUUAUAAUGUUUUCUGUGCUUUCUGCACAAAAUCACAAAAUGAAAAGAGGUAAAAGUGUAUGAAGUUUGUUUAGGGGUUUGUAGAACAUGAAUGCCAACAGGGCUAAAUAUAUUAGAAUUAUCCAAAGAGAUAUUCAUGUGAAACGUAUGUACUGAAAUAGCCAUGUAUAACUUGCAUAAUAUUCAGAUAUUUUUUAAUGCUUUUUCCCCCAUGCCUGCAGACCAAGGCUCCCUAGUCUGACUGACUUGAGCUUUACUUGCAGAGUCAUCAGGGAGGGGGACGUCAUUCAGGCAGCCAUGAGGGUUGCUUUCAUCCUCUCCAGCAUCCUGGCAAUGAAGACUUGUUUGCUUUUUAAUGGCCUAACCACUUCACUGGUUUGGGCAGGCAAACUGUAUCACACUGGGAGUAAGUACACUUUCCUACACAACUGCAACUCCUCUACACUUUGUUGGUGAAGGUUACUGCCAAUCAGCAGCUUUGUGAACCACUCACACACACCCCUCAGGUAAUGAGCCCGCCUUCUUCAACUUGCAGCCAGUUCUGCGUUCACCCCUCUAGGAUAGGCACUCCCAUCCCUCCUGUCAGCAUCAUCAAUCACGUGAGCCACCAAUCACACUUUGAUAGCCUGUGACAUGUAACCCAAAAAAAAAAACAUAAAAAAAGGAAAAUGAGCAGCAUGAAACAGCACGAAACACAGCAACCACUCAGUGACACUCGCUGGGACCAUUAAAGGCAGACAGUUCCAGCUAACACACUGAAGACUUCUCAGUAAAAUGAAAUGAUUUAUUCUGGUACAAAAUCAACAGGUCCACAGAUUAAGCACUUUCAUUCCUCACAAGGGAACUUCUUCAGAAUAACUACUUAUACAUUCUCUGAGAGUUUAAUUGACAUAAUUAUUUAAUUAAUUCUUAAUUAACAUUAAAAAAGCACUCUUUAAAAAACUGCACUUAAUAUAAAAAAUACACACUGCUUUCUCAGCAUAAGAACAAAUGUACUUUAAGAGGUAAUUAUGUAAAAUCAGCCAUACUACAAUACCAAAGCCCUCCUUUUGAGAGCAGGAACUAAGGAAAUAUAUUCAUUUAGACCUGGUGGGGUACCAGCAUCUAAAUUCAGCUGCCACAUCAAUUCUUUAUAUUCAAGAGCAGUCUCCCAGUCACCUCCCCUUUCUGGAAGGUUUACUUUUUCUAACACCUAAAACUUAAACUUAGCUUGCUUAUAGGAUAAGGUGUGUUUAAAUAAGGCCGUUGUUUCUUUUUGCUUGUUAAUUUCAUAAGAAUGCUCAUAUAUUUGUUGUUUCAACUUUCUCUCGGUUUUCCCUGUGUAGUAUGAUGGACAUCAUGUGCAAUAAGCUACGUAUACAACCUCUGUUGUAUUACAGUUGUAAUAUCCUUUCCCUAUUAAUGUUCUCAAACUGUCACCAUCACAUAUGUCUUCCUUGUUUUCUAUAUAUACACACGGGGCACAAGCCCCACAUUUGUACCAUAUUUAUUUUUCCUCGAUUUUUGAUCUAUCCCACUUUCAAAAAUGUUUUUCUAAGUUAGCAUCCCUUUUGUAUCCAAAUUUUAAAGUCCUAGCAAACACAUCCAGAUAGUUAGGCAUUCUGGAAAAUAAUUCCCAGAAUUUUAUAAUGGUUUCUUUUACUUUCUUAGCAUCUAGGUGGUACUCAGUAGCCAUAAAUACCUCUCCCUUACUACCCAUGUGUUCUAUUUGAAAAUCAUAUUGUGGAACUACUUGCAAAUCAGUAUUAUAUCCUAAGAUAGGGAUGUAGUUUUCACCCCAAUUAGUCAAAAUUUCCUCCUUUGUUACUUAAUUAAAUUCAGUGGGUAUCCCCUCUCAAUAAAUAGUUGUUUGAUUUAAUUCAUCUCCUUGAUUAAAUCCUCCAUAUUAGUGGUCAUGCGUGCCACUCUCACCAUCUGCCCCUAUAUUUUGUUCUUUUUUUGCAUGAAGGGGUGCCCACUCUGGAAAUGUAAAUAUAAAUUGGAAAAAAAUUUCCUUGCGAUACAGGGUAGAAAUAUACUUGUUCUUAUAUCUAUCCUUUCUGAUUUUGACAUCCAAGUAAUGAAUGUCCUCUGUACCUACAUUGUGAGUAAAGCAAAGAAAACUGGUAGUUAACGUAAGAGAUAAAGUUCUCUAUAUUAUCCAUUGGCCCCUCCAAGCAAUAAAAAUAACGCCCAGAAAAUGGAAGUAGCAUCUAAUGUUGUCUAAAUACGUAUUUGUAUUAAAAACAAAAUGCGUUUUCCAAUACAAAAGAACAAUAUUGGCGUAUGCAGGGGCGUAGGAUGUCCCCAUAGCUACACAGUCUGUUUGCCUGUAAUAUGCUCCCUAGAAAAAGUUAUUUUUUAAUACUAUGUCCAUAUUUUCUAUGAUUAUUCUAAACUCCUAAUGGGAUAGGAAUUCAGAAUCUAUCAAAACCUCCUCAAACCAACACAUA